CCUAACAAGCUCUUCUCUCACACACAGAAGCGGCGGAAAAGGAUGGACGGAGCCCAAUUCGGUCCGUUACUGAUCAAGAAACUCGCUUCCUGCGAAAAAACCAUCCGUGACCGCUCCCUACGCCUCCUUAUCACUAAAUGGCUUCCUUCGCAGCACGAGAUCCCCGACGCCGACAUGAAGAAGCUGUGGAAGGGACUCUUCUACUGCGUCUGGCACGCCGACAAGGCUCCCGUCCAGGCUGACCUCAUCGAACGUCUCUCUUCUCUCCUGCCUGAGCUCCAUCUCUCUCUCUCUCUUCACUACUUCUCUGUCUUCUUGCUCACCAUGCGCAGGGAGUGGCCAGGUAUUGAUCAUCUUAGGCUGGACAAGUUUUAUCUCCUGAUUCGGAGGUUCUUGUACCAUUUCUUCGCUCUUUUGAGGAAGAAUUCGUGGGAUUUGGAGCUUUGCCGUCGCUGUAUGGGUGUGCUGGAAGAGCAGGGUUUCUUGGAAGAUGAUAAGUUGCAAGGGAACGGUGUGAAGUAUCAUAUUGCAUCAGUUUUUCUGGAGGAAAUGAGGACGUUUUUGCCGGUGAAGAAGGAGGUGAUUGAGUUGGUGUUGGGUCCAUUCCUUUCGUGUAUGGAGAAGUCGCCUGAUAAGUUGUUGCUGGUCAAAAUUAAGGGCAAUGUGUUUGAUGUUAUGCUGAAAAUGGGGAAGAGACUGUUGGAGGUCAAGAAAUCAGAUGGUGAUAUGGAAUCCGGUGAUAGCGAUGACAUGGUUGUCUUAGGAACAAUCGCCUUGACCAUUGGAUUUUCCUCCAAGUUUUAUGCAUUGGGUUCCUCAACUGAAUGUAUUCAGGGGAAUAGGAAAGUUCUGUUUGGUUUGCAUGAGGAGUUUUUGAAGUUAGAGAAGGAUAUGAUUUCUUCAAACAUUCAAAUAUCAUUUCCUGUGGUUGAUGAUGCUGACGAAGAAGAGGUGCCAAAAUUGGUACCUUUUGUGAAUGAUUUGGUGAUGGAUGACUCUAAUGUUGUUGCAGCAGACUCUGGAGAGAAAGUUGCCAAUGGGUCCAUUAUGAAGGGUUUGAAGAAGUGUAAGAAAUCCAAGAAGGCUAAAAAUAAGAAAAACAGUCCAAGUACUGAUGGUGUUGCAAUGGAUAAGGAGAAUGAGAGUAUGGGAGUUGUGGAGAUGGAUGACUCUAAUGUUGUUGCAGUAGACUCUGGAGAGAACGUUGCCAAUGGGUCCAUUAGGAAGAGUUUGAAGAAGUGUAAGAAAUCCAAGAAGGCUAAAAAUAAGAAAAACAAUCCAAGUACUGAUGGUGUUGCAAUGGAUAAGGUCCAUAAGGAGGAUGAGAGGAUGGGAGUUGUGGAGGGUGAGAACUGGAGUGAUGGAAAUUUGAUACAGUUGAAUGACACUUUGAUGUCAAAUCUACAGAUGCAGUUUGAGAAGGUAGCCACAGAAGAGGGACUGGGUAAUGAUGGUGUUGCGAGUGCUUGUGAUUUACAGAAGCUUUCGGUGAACGGUACUGUCCCUAAGAAGAGGAAGAGAACAAAGAGCAUGGAUGGGAAGAAAAAUCCAGCCUCGAGUAGCCAGGUGAACGCUGAAAGUGGUGCAACUGCAAACACUGUGGAGAGUAGGGCGAAGAAGGUAAGGUUCUCAAUGAAAAACAAUUUGGUAUGGAAGCCCAAUAGUCCUUUGCCCCCGCAAAGUAUGAGAAUACCACCCACACUUACCCCUAGAGGAAGUGCUCUUAAGCAAGGUGUACCUCCAGGUCCCAUCAGGGAGAUGCCUCCUGCAGCCAAAAGGAGGGUGAAAUCACUGAAGAGAGGCCGGAAGGCAAUGAAAAAUAUCAUCUCCCCUGCCCUCAAACGCCGGAUGAAAUUAAAAUCUCAAUCCGCCUAGUAGACAUUUUUGGUUUGUGUUUCUCGGUUUCAACUCUUCUAUUUCUAGUUUGAAAUGUUUCUAGUUAAUUGAUAUGACUAAGCUGAUUGUUUUAAUCUAGUUAAAGUUGAAUUCUGCAUUUACUGAUGGCCAUGUUAUAUCAUGUCAAUUUCUUA